UAUUAAUUUGGUCUGCCUCUCCAUAGAGAGGUUCAGAGCCUUACAAUGGUGUUGCUUUUUUCCCACCAUAUGGGUAUUGUUAUCUGUUCUCCCUCUACUCUCCCUCUACUGGGAAUCGUGGUGAAGAAGAAGAAGUAGCCCUCUUCUAGGGUUCUUUCUCUUAGUAUUUAUAGCUGCAAGCGGAAUAAGCUGGCGAUAAAAGAUGGUCGUAUCUAUGUUGGAGUUCCCUCUUCAAGAGGAUAGACAGGCCGUGGCCGUGUUGGUCGAACCAAAUAAGAAUCAAACAUUAUUAAUGAUUAAUGGCCGUACCAUUAGUUAAUUAUGGAUUAACUUAACACGGGGUUUGAUUCGUAAGGUGGAAUUCUGACCCAUACAAUAUUAUCAGCUCCGACUUCUACUGAUGAACUCCAGCUUUCCCUCCAAGCCAAAGAACCUAAAACCCUUAAAACCCAUGCCCCCUUUUCUUAUCUCAUAUUCUAACAUCAAAUUCACUCAAUUCCAUAUGUGAUAAAAUCUCAAAAAAUUCUACUCCAAAAGCCUCAAAAUUUAUACCCCUCCUACAUGUUAACAUUAUCAAGAAUGAAAUCACUACUUUUCCCAGUACUUUCAAGACCCCCAACAGGUCCUUUAUCGUUCUGUUUUCAUUUUCAAGAACCCAUUUUUCUAUGCAGAACAUAUGGUGUUCUUAGUACUUUCAAAAACCAGCCUAUUUCUGUUCAAACAAUAAACCCCAUGAAUAAAGUUUCUUCCUUUAGCUGUUCUACUGUGCCAAACCAUAAUCAAAUUCGGGUCUUGCAUACUGAGGUCUCGGGUUCGGAUUCGGGUGAAGUUCAUGUGAUUGUGGGUCCCAUGUUUGCUGGAAAAACUACUACUCUUUUGAAGAGGAUAAAGUCUGAAAGCAGCAAUGGCAG